AUGGAUAGACAAUCGCGUGAAAGAAAAAGAUCACAGUCUGAUAACACCAUGCCAUUUUUUACACUUCCAUUUACUGCCAAAGUUGCACUCUUGGUUGGUGGUGCUGUGGGGGCAGGAUUAGCGGUGGCAAAUAAUCAAGAAGUAAUUUUGCAAACAGCAGAAACUAUAUUCACAAAGGCUGCAGAAUAUUGUCGCCACCGAAUAGAUAGUGCAAAGAAUGGAGCACUCGAUGUCAAAUAUGCCGAUGAUUUUGAAGACCACGCGUUUCUGGAUGCAGCUGCACAAGAAGAAGAGAGAUCGAGAGCCACGGGAUCAAAUCUAAGGUCCGAUGACAGUGACUAUGACAAUAUAAGUACCCCAGACACAACAGACUUUCUGGAAAUCGACACCGAUUUCGAAAGAGACGAUGAAGAUGAAGAUGGAAUACAGUGGGCCAGUGACAGCAGAAGAGGGAGAACCACAAAUACUAAUGCGAACAACAAUUCCAGUAAGGAUUUUGAGGAUGCAGCACAACUUUCCAAAAUAGCCAGUUUAGACUAA